GGGAAGGGAGCCAUUUCCCUUCUGGCCGCAGGCUCACCCUGCCUACGACUGAAGCAGCUCAGCUGAACUUUCCGGGGCUCCAGGGACGGUGGGAAGCCAGCCGCCCCAGCAAACGGCUGCGUCAGUGUCUCCGCGCACCCGCCGGGGAGUGUGGCCUGAGGAGGCGUCGCGAUGACUGUCACCCCCGACGUCAGGUUAGAAUACCUAGAGGCGGUCGCUGCCCUCUUUUUGAAGUUCAAGCCGGACAAGUGGGGCAAGAUGAUGGGAGCCGAGGAGAACUUGGCCUUGUUCACCGAGUUCCUGGAGAAGCCGGACGUCCUGGUUCUGGUUCUGACGCUCACCCCCGCCGGGCUGAUCACCCCCUGCCUGGGCUUCCCUGCCGCCCUCAAGUCCAAAGGGCUUUACUUCAUCAAGAAGAGCGAGGGGCCCCUCAGCAAGCACACCUACAAGAGCCAGCUCCUGUACGGGGACAUAAGCCCCACGCCCGUGGAGCAGCUGAUCGCUGUCGUGGAGGAGGUGCUGUACUCUCUGUUAAACCAAAACGAGAACCUGAGCGCGUGGCCCUGCGUGGUCUCGGAAGACCUCAUGCGGCAGGUGCACAAGCUGAAGAACGAGAUGUUUGUGAUGGGGGGCAAGAUCCGGGGCAAGACCCUGCUGCCCGUCCCGGAGCACCUGGGGAGUCUGGACAGCGCGCCGGGGUCCGUGGAGAGGAUCGCGUCCACCCUGGACAGCCCGCUGCUGCACGCCAUCGAGACCAUCGUCAUUGACUGGUCCCACCAGAUCCGGGACGUGCUGAGCCGAGACUCGGCCCAGGCCCUGCUGGACGGGCUGCACCCCCUGCCCCGCGUCGAGCUUGAGUUCUGGGAUGCGCGGCUGAUGAAUCUCAAGUGCAUCCACGAGCAGCUGAACAGUCCCAAGGUGAACAAAAUAGUUGAGAUCCUGGAAAAAGCCAGAAGCUGCUACUGGCCGGCCCUGCAGAGCGUGUACAUGAGUGUCACCGAAGGGUUGAAGGAGGCCAGUGACAUUGUUCUGUAUUUGAAGCCCUUGCGGAUCCUGCUGGAGGAGACGGAGCAGGCCGACUUCCCGGGGCUUCCGCCCUUCAUCGCCAAGGUGCUGUUCACGAUCUGCUUCAUCUGGGCCACCUCCGAGCACGACAACACGCCCUCCAGGAUCAUCAUCAUCCUGCAGGAGUUCUGCAACCUGAUCGUGGAGAUGACGCGCAACUUCCUGGGCCCAGAAUUGGUGCUGAAGGGCUUGCAGGGCGAAACGGAGGAGGUUCUGAGCAGCAUCUCUCUGUCGGUGGGCGUCCUGAAGGGGCUUUACCACACCUACGACUUCUGCUGCGCAAACAUGAAGCUUUUCUUUAAGGACAAGGAGCCGGUGCCAUGGGAGUUUCCUUCCUCCCUGGCAUUUUCCAGAAUGAAUUCCUUCCUCCAUCGCAUCCAGACCAUUGAGGAUCUUUAUAAAACAGCGAUUGAGUUUCUGAAGCUGGAGAAAAUCGAGCUCGGGGGAGUGAGGGGGAACAUCCUUGGAAGCCUGGUCACUCAGAUUUACGACGAGGUCUUUGAGCUGGUGAAGGUCUUUGCCGAGUGUAAAUAUGACCCCUUGGACCCGGAAGACUCGAGUUUUGAUGACGAUUACGCUGAUUUUGAGACCAAAAUUCAAGAUCUGGACAGGCGGCUGGCCACCAUCUUCUGCCAGAGCUUUGACGAAUGUAACUCCAUUGAGUCCUUCGCAAAGCUCACGUACAUGUGCGGCGGCCUCCUGGAGCGGCCGCUCAUCCAGGCUGAGGUGGUGCCCAGGUACUCGGUCAUGCUGGAGCUGUUUGACACCGAGCUAGACCACGCCAAGGCCUUGUACGACGCCCAGCUCGCAGCUGCUGCGGCCGGGAAUGUCCCCCCGAUCCACAAGAACAUGCCCCCCGUGGCCGGGCAGCUCAAGUGGAGUCUGGAGCUGCAGGAGAGGCUGGAGGUGUCCAUGAGGGACCUGAAGCGCAUCGACCACCCGGUCAUGUCCAGCAUGGAGGCCAAGCUGAUCUACCAGAAGUACGACAAGCUGAUGGAGCUGCUGAGAAGUUACCGCAGGAAGAUCUACCGGCAGUGGGUGGCCGGCGUGGACCAGCACUGCCACUUCAACCUGGAGCAGCCCCUGGUCCGGCGGGACCCCAUCACCAGCCUCAUCCAGGUCAACUUCAGCAAAGCGUUGGUGGCGGUUCUGAGAGAAGUCAAGUACCUGAGCUUCCAGCAGCAGAAGGAGAUCCCCAGCAGCGCCGAGAGUCUGUUCUCACAGCACGAGACCUUCCGGAAGUUCGUGGGCAACUUGGAGCUCAUCGUCGGCUGGUACAAUGAGAUAAAGACGACCAUGAUGGACGUAGAAUUUCCACUGAUCAGGUCAGAGCUGGGAGCCAUCGAUGCCAAACUGUCAGCUGCUGAAACCACACUGUUCUGGAAUAGCGAAGUGUCCUCAGGGCCCCCAGGCCUCUCCGCAGGCAGGGACCUGCGCACCGACGAGCAGGACUGGUCAGCCAGCCCGAUGUUCGAGAGAAAGGACAACAAGAAGGAGGCCCUGCUGGACUUGGAGGGAAGGGUGCUCAAUCUCAACAAGCGCUACACUGCGGUCAAGGACGCCGGCCUGAAGAUUCAAGCCAAGGUCUUGGAAAACGCCGAGCUGUUCAGAGCAGACACGACGAGCCAGGCCUGGAGAGACUACGUCAACUACAUCGACCAGGUGGUCCUGGACGAGUUUGACUCUUUCGUCCACAGAUCCCUGAAUUACUUGAUAGACAACAUGGCCGUGGACGAGAGCCUGGCGCCGCUGUUUGAGGUCCGCAUGCAGCUGGAGGAGGGCCAGCUGGCCUUCUCCCCGUCCCUGGAGCUGGGCACCGACUUCAACUUCCUGGAGCUGGUCGAGGGCCUGAUGGACGACAUCUACAAUGCGGCCAAGUUCAUCCCCCGGCUGGCCAAGAACCGAAUGAGCUACAAGGCAGAUCUGGAGGACAUGACGGACCUCAUAGAGAUGAGGGAGGAGCUGUCCAACCUGGUCAUCAGCACCAUGAAGGCGGCCCAGGAGUACCAGGACUCCUUCGAGAGGUACGCCUACCUCUGGGUGGACGACCCCCAGGAGUUCAUGAAGAACUUCCUGAUCUACGGGUGUGUGGUCACCCCGGACGACAUGGACAUCCGGCCCGAGGAGGCCCUCCCCAAGUCGCCACCCAGCCUCGCCCAGUUCCAAGAGCAGAUCGACUCCUACGAGAAGCUGUAUGAGGAAGUGUCGCGGUGCGAGAACACCAAGGUGUUCCACGGCUGGCUGCAGUGUGACUGCCGCCCCUUCAAGCAGGCUCUGCUCAACACCAUCAGGCGCUGGGGCUUCAUGUUCAAGCGUCACCUGAGCGACAACGUCAUCAACAGCCUGGCUGACCUGGAGGACUUCAUGAAAGUGGCCAGGAUGGGCUUAAAGAAGCCCCUCAAGGAGGGGGAUUACGACGGUCUCGUGGAGGUGAUGGGGCAUCUGAUGAAGGUCAAGGAGAGGCAGGUGGCCACCGACAACAUGUUUGAGCCCCUGAAGCAAACCAUCGAGCUGCUCAAGACCUACGGGGAGGAGAUCCCGGAGGAGACACACCUGAAGCUGCAGGAGCUGCCGGAGCAGUGGACCAACACCAAGAAGCUGGCCAUCCAGGUGAGACAGAACGUGGCGCCCCUCCAGGCCAACGAGGUCAACAUCCUGAGGCGGCGGUGCCAGCAGUUCGAGCUCAGGCAGCACGAGUUCAGGGAGAAGUUCCGGAAAGAAGCGCCGUUCAGCUUCGUGGACCCCGACCCGUACAGGUCCCUGAAUAAGCAACAAAAGAGCAUCACGGCCAUGGAGAGCAUCAUGGACUCGCUGUGCAAGUCCGGGAGCCUGUUCGAGGUCACGGUCCCCGACUACAAGCAGCUCAAAGCUUGCCGCAAGGAGGUCUGCCUGCUGAAGGAGCUCUGGGACAUGGUCGUCAUGGUGAACACCAGCAUCGACAACUGGAAGACCACGAAGUGGAAAAACAUCAACGUGGAGCAGAUGGACCUGGACUGUAAGAAGUUUGCCAAGGACGUGAGGUCCCUGGACAAGGAGAUGAAAACGUGGGACGCCUUCGUGGGGCUGGACAACACGGUGAAGAACAUGAUCACGUCCCUGCGCGCCGUCGGCGAGCUGCAGAACCCCGCCAUCCGGGACCGCCACUGGUACCAGCUCAUGCAGGCCACCCAGGUGAAAUUUGAAAUGUCAGACGAGACCACCCUGGCCGACCUACUGCAGCUAAACCUCCACAAAUAUGAGGAUGAGGUGCGGAACAUCGUGGACAAGGCUGUGAAAGAGUCCGGGAUGGAAAAGGUCCUGAAAGCCCUGGACAGCACCUGGUCCACCAUGGAGUUUGAGCACGAGCCGCACCCGCGCACGGGCACUGUGAUGCUCAAGUCAGACGAGGUGCUGGUGGAGACGCUGGAGGACAACCAGGUCCAGCUGCAGAACCUGAUGACGUCCAAGUACCUGUCCCACUUCCUGGAGGAGGUGACGAGCUGGCAGCAGAAGCUGUCCACGGCGGACUCGGUCAUCUCCAUCUGGUUCGAGGUCCAGAGAACCUGGAGCCACUUGGAGAGCAUCUUCGUCGGCUCUGAAGACAUCCGCGCCCAGCUGCCCGAGGACUCCAGGCUCUUCGAUGACAUCGACCAGCAGUUCAGGGCCCUGAUGGAGGAGGCGGUGAAGACGCCCAACGUGAUGGAGGCCACCAACAAGCCCGGCCUCUAUGACACACUCGAGAGCCUGAAGAAGAGCCUGGCCGUGUGCGAGAAGGCCUUGGCAGAGUAUUUAGAGACCAAGAGGCUGGCUUUCCCGAGGUUCUAUUUCGUCUCCUCGGCUGACCUCCUGGACAUCCUCUCCAAUGGAAACAACCCCGUGGAGGUGACCCGCCACCUGGCCAAGCUCUUCGACAGCCUGUGCAAGCUCAAGUUCCGCCUCGGGGACGACGGGAAACCUCUCAAGUUUGGCCUGGGCAUGUACAGCAAGGAGGAGGAGUAUGUGGACUUCGACCAGGAGUGUGACCUCUCGGGGCAGCCUCCCCGAGAGGCCCCUCCCGCAGACCGCAAACGUCCGGCAGCCCCUUGUCCCCCCAUCUCACUGCCCGACUCAAUCAGCCAGCUGAACGCGCUCAUCACCCUGCUCAUCGGAAACCUCAGCGCCGGCGACAGGAUGAAGAUCAUGACCAUCUGCACCAUCGACGUGCACGCCCGGGACGUGGUCGCCAAGAUGGUCACGGCCAAGGUGGAGAGCGCCCAGGCCUUCACCUGGCAGUCGCAGCUCCGGCAUCGCUGGGAUGAGGAGAAGCGGCACUGCUUUGCCAACAUCUGCGACGCCCAGAUCCAGUACUCCUACGAGUACCUGGGCAACACGCCUCGGCUGGUCAUUACCCCGCUCACGGACAGAUGCUACAUAACCUUGACCCAGUCCCUGCACCUGAUCAUGGGCGGGGCCCCCGCCGGCCCGGCCGGAACGGGCAAGACCGAGACAACCAAGGAUCUGGGCAGGGCCCUGGGCACCAUGGUGUACGUCUUCAACUGCUCGGAGCAGAUGGACUACAAGUCCUGUGGCAACAUCUACAAGGGCCUGGCCCAGACCGGAGCCUGGGGCUGCUUCGAUGAGUUUAACCGAAUCUCGGUGGAGGUCCUGUCGGUGAUCGCUGUGCAGGUAAAAUGCGUCCAAGAUGCGAUUCGGGCCAAGAAGAAGAUUUUCAGUUUCCUGGGAGAGAUGAUAAGGCUCAUCCCCACCGUGGGCCUGUUCAUCACCAUGAACCCUGGCUACGCUGGGCGCACCGAGUUGCCUGAGAACUUGAAAGCCUUGUUCAGGCCCUGUGCCAUGGUUGUCCCUGACUUCGAACUGAUAUGUGAGAUCAUGCUGGUGGCCGAGGGCUUUCUGGAAGCCCGUCUGCUGGCCAGGAAGUUCAUCACGCUCUACACCUUGUGCAAAGAGCUCCUGUCGAAGCAGGAUCACUACGACUGGGGCCUGCGAGCCAUCAAGUCGGUGCUGGUGGUGGCCGGCUCCCUGAAGAGGGGCGACCCCAGCCGGGCAGAGGACCAGGUGCUCAUGAGGGCGCUGAGAGACUUCAACAUCCCCAAGAUCGUGACCGACGACCUGCCCGUGUUCAUGGGGCUGAUCGGGGACCUCUUCCCCGCUCUGGACGUGCCUCGCAAACGGGACCUGAAUUUUGAAAAGAUCAUCAGGCAGAGCAUCGUGGAGCUCAAGCUGCAGGCGGAAGACAGCUUCGUGCUGAAGGUCGUGCAGCUGGAGGAGCUGCUCCAAGUGCGGCACUCGGUGUUCAUCAUCGGGAACGCGGGCAGCGGCAAAUCCCAGGUCCUCAAGUCUCUGAACAAGACCUACCAGAACAUGAAGAGGAAGCCCGUGGCCGUGGACCUCGACCCCAAGGCAGUCACCUGUGACGAGCUCUUUGGUAUCAUCAACCCGGCCACCAGGGAGUGGAAAGACGGCCUUUUCUCCACCAUAAUGCGGGAUCUGGCCAACAUCACUCAUGACGGCCCCAAGUGGAUCAUCCUGGAUGGGGACAUAGACCCAAUGUGGAUCGAGUCUCUCAACACCGUCAUGGAUGACAACAAGGUCCUGACCCUGGCCAGCAACGAGCGAAUCCCCCUGAACCGCACCAUGAGGCUGGUGUUCGAGAUCAGCCACCUGCGGACGGCCACCCCGGCCACUGUCUCCAGAGCCGGCAUUCUGUACAUCAACCCCGCGGAUCUGGGGUGGAACCCGGUGGUGAGCAGCUGGAUUGAGAGGCGCAAGGUGCAGUCCGAAAAGGCCAACCUGAUGAUCCUCUUCGACAAGUACCUGCCCACGUGCCUGGAGAAGCUGCGCUUCGGGUUCAAGAAGAUCACGCCCGUCCCCGAGGUCACGGUCAUCCAGACCACCCUGUACCUCCUGGAGUGCCUCCUCACGGAGAGCAGCGUGCCUCCCGACUCCCCCAAGGAGCUGUACGAGCUAUACUUCGUCUUCGCCUGCUUCUGGGCCUUCGGGGGGGCCAUGUUCCAGGACCAGCUCGUGGAUUACCGAGUCGAGUUCAGCAAGUGGUGGACCAACGAGUUUAAGACGAUCAAGUUCCCCUCGCAGGGAACCAUCUUCGACUACUACAUAGAUCCGGACACGAAGAAGUUCCUGCCGUGGACAGAGAAGGUGCCCUCCUUCGAGCUGGACCCCGACGUCCCGCUGCAGGCCUCCCUGGUGCACACCACGGAAACCACACGCCUCCGGUACUUCAUGGACCUGCUCAUGGAGAAGUCGUGGCCGGUGAUGCUGGUGGGGAACGCGGGCACGGGCAAGUCGGUGCUGAUGGCGGACAAACUGGAGAGCCUGAGCACCGACGACUACCUCGUGCAGGCCGUGCCCUUCAACUUCUACACGACCUCAGCCAUGCUGCAGGGGAUUCUGGAGAAGCCGCUGGAGAAGAAAUCCGGCCGGAACUACGGUCCACCAGGCACCAAGAAGCUCAUCUACUUCAUCGACGACAUGAACAUGCCCGAGGUGGACAAGUACGGGACCGUGGCCCCCCACACGCUCAUCCGGCAGCAUAUGGACCACGGGCACUGGUACGACAGACAGAAGCUGACCCUGAAGGACGUCCACAACUGUCAGUACGUGGCCUGCAUGAACCCCACCUCUGGAUCCUUCACCAUCGACCCCAGACUCCAGCGCCACUUCUGCGUGUUCGCCGUGAGCUUCCCGGGCCAGGAGGCCCUCACCACCAUCUACAACACGAUCCUGGCGCAGCACCUGGCCUUCCGCUCGGCCCCCAUGGUGGUCCAGAGGAUGAGCACCCAGCUGGUGGCCUCGGCCCUGGCUCUGCAUCAGAAAGUCACUGCAACAUUUCUUCCCACGGCCAUUAAAUUUCACUAUGUCUUCAACCUCAGGGACCUCUCCAACAUCUUCCAGGGACUCUUAUUCUCCACAGCGGAGAUCCUGAGAGUCCCGCUUGACCUGGCCCGCCUCUGGCUGCACGAAGCGGAAAGAGUGUAUGGCGACAAGAUGGUGGACAAGAAAGACCAGGAGACGUUGUGCAGAGUCACCAUUGCUUCCACCAAGAAAUUCUUCGACGAUCUCAGCGAGGAGCUUCUGUUCGCCAAGCCAAAUGUCUUCUGCCAUUUCUCUCAAGGGAUCGGUGAGCCCAAAUACCUCUCGGUCACCGACAUGGCUCAUCUGCACAAGCUCCUGGUGGACGUCCUAGACAGUUACAAUGAAGUCAACGCGGUCAUGAACUUGGUGCUGUUCGAAGACGCGGUGGCUCACAUCUGCAGGAUCAACCGCAUUCUGGAGUCGCCCCGCGGGAACGCCCUGCUGGUGGGCGUGGGCGGCAGUGGCAAGCAGAGCCUCUCGCGCCUGGCCGCCUACAUCAGCGGGCUGGACGUGUUCCAGAUCACGCUCAAGAAGGGCUACGGGAUCCCAGACCUCAAGGUGGACCUGGCCGCGCAGUACGUGAAGUCGGCCGUGAAGAAUGUCCCCUCGGUGUUCCUGAUGACAGACUCCCAGGUGGCCGAGGAGCAGUUCCUGGUGCUGAUCAACGACCUGCUGGCCUCGGGGGAGAUCCCGGGGCUGUUCCCCGAGGACGAGCUGGAGAACAUCCUCUCCUCCCUGCGGCCGCAAGUCAAGUCCCUCGGCCUAAACGACACUCGGGAGGCGUGCUGGAAAUUCUUCAUCGAGAAAGUGCGCCGGCAGCUCAAGGUGAUCCUGUGUUUCUCUCCCGUGGGCUCCGUCCUGCGUGUGCGCGCAAGAAAAUUCCCUGCCAUUGUCAACUGCACGGCCAUUAACUGGUUCCACGAGUGGCCGGAGGACGCCCUGGUGUCCGUGAGCGCCCGCUUCCUGGAGGAGACGGAGGGCAUUCAGGGCGAGGUCAAGGCUUCCAUCAGCCUCUUCAUGUCCUACGUGCACACGACCGUCAACGCGAUGUCCAGGCUCUACCUGGCCACCGAGAGGCGCUACAACUACACCACCCCCAAGACCUUCCUGGAGCAGAUCAAACUCUACCAGAACCUGCUGGCCAGGAAGAGGCUGGAGCUGGUGGCCAAGAUCGAGAGGCUGGAGAACGGGCUGCUGAAGCUGCAGAGCACCGCGUCCCAGGUGGAUGAUUUAAAAGCCAGGCUGGCGAUCCAGGAGGCUGAGCUCAAGCAGAAAAACGAGAAUGCCGACAAGCUGAUCCAAGUGGUGGGCGUGGAGACCGAGAAAGUCAGCAAAGAGAAAGCCAUUGCCGACGAGGAGGAGGUCAAGGUGGAGGUCAUCAACAAGAACGUCACAGAGAAACAAAAGGCGUGUGAAACGGACCUGGCCAAGGCAGAGCCGGCCCUGCUGGCUGCACAGGAAGCUCUGGACACCCUGAACAAGAACAACCUGACCGAGCUGAAGUCCUUCGGGUCGCCCCCGGACGCCGUGGUCAACGUCACGGCUGCCGUCAUGAUCCUGACUGCGCCGGGCGGCAAGAUCCCCAAGGACAAGAGCUGGAAGGCGGCGAAAAUCAUGAUGGGCAAGGUGGACACCUUCCUGGACUCCUUGAAGAAGUUCGACAAGGAGCACAUCCCCGAGGCCUGCCUGAAGGCGUUUAAGCCCUACCAAGGCAACCCGACCUUCGACCCCGAGUUCAUCCGCUCCAAGUCCACGGCCGCCGCAGGCCUGUGCUCCUGGUGCAUCAACAUCGUGCGCUUCUACGAGGUGUACUGUGACGUGGCCCCCAAGAGGCAGGCCCUGGAGGAGGCGAAUGCCGAGCUGGCGGAGGCCCAGGAGAAGCUCUCGCGGAUCAAAAACAAGAUUGCCGAACUCAAUGCCAACCUGAGCAACCUAACGUCGGCCUUUGAAAAGGCGACAGCGGAGAAGAUCAAGUGCCAGCAGGAGGCAGACGCCACCAACAGGGUGAUCUCACUGGCCAACAGGCUGGUGGGGGGCCUGGCGUCGGAAAACAUCCGCUGGGCGGAAUCGGUGAAGAGCUUCAAAAGCCAGGGGGUCACCCUGUGCGGGGACGUCCUGCUGAUCUCCGCCUUCGUCUCCUACGUGGGCUACUUCACCAAGAAGUACCGCAACGAGCUGAUGGAGAAGUUUUGGAUCCCUUACGUAAAUAAAUUAAAGGUCCCCAUCCCCAUCACGGAAGGUCUGGACCCCUUGAGCCUGCUGACGGACGACGCCGACGUGGCCACUUGGAACAACCAGGGUCUCCCCAGCGACCGCAUGUCCACCGAGAACGCCACCAUCCUGUGCAACACGGAGCGCUGGCCCCUCAUCGUGGAUGCCCAGCUGCAGGGGGUCAAGUGGAUCAAAAACAAAUACGGCAGCGAGCUGAAAGCCAUCCGCCUGGGACAGAAGAGCUACCUGGACAUCAUCGAGCGGGCCAUUUCCGAAGGGGACACCUUGCUCAUCGAGAACAUCGGCGAAACCGUGGACCCCGUGCUGGACCCACUGCUGGGCAGGAACACUAUUAAAAAGGGAAAGUUCAUUAAGAUCGGCGACAAGGAGGUGGAGUAUCACCCCAAGUUCCGCCUCAUCCUGCACACCAAGUACUUCAACCCGCACUACAAGCCCGAGAUGCAAGCCCAGUGCACCCUCAUCAACUUCCUGGUCACCAGGGACGGGCUCGAGGACCAGCUCCUGGCCGCCGUGGUGGCCAAGGAGCGCCCGGAUCUCGAGCAGCUGAAGGCCAACCUCACCAAGUCUCAAAAUGAAUUCAAGAUUGUUCUGAAACAGCUGGAAGACUCCCUGCUGGCCCGUCUGUCGGCCGCGUCGGGGGACUUCCUGGGGGACACAGCCUUGGUGGAGAAUCUGGAGACCACCAAGCACACGGCCAGUGAGAUCGAGGAGAAGGUGAAAGAGGCCAAAAUCACAGAGGCCAAAAUCAACGAGGCCAGAGAGAACUACCGGCCGGCCGCCGAGAGGGCGUCCCUGCUCUACUUCAUUCUCAACGACCUCAACAAGAUCAACCCCAUCUAUCAGUUCUCGCUCAAGGCCUUCAACGUGGUGUUCGAGAAAGCCAUCCAGAAGACCGCCCCGGCCGAGGAGGUGAGGCAGCGAGUGAUCAACCUGACGGACGAGAUCACCUACUCCGUCUACAUGUACACGGCCCGUGGGCUCUUCGAGCGGGACAAACUCAUCUUCCUGGCCCAGGUGGCCUUCCAGGUCUUGUCCAUGAAGAAAGAGCUGAACCCGGUCGAGCUGGAUUUCCUCCUGCGGUUCCCUUUCAAGGCCGGGGUCCUGUCGCCCGUGGACUUCCUGCAGCACCAGGGAUGGGGUGGCAUCAAGGCCCUGUCGGAGAUGGAUGAGUUCAAGAACCUGGACAGCGACAUCGAAGGGUCCGCCAAGCGGUGGAAGAAGCUGGUGGAGUCAGCAGCCCCGGAGAAAGAGAUCUUCCCCAAGGAGUGGAAGAACAAAACGGCGCUGCAGAAGCUGUGCUUGCUGCGAUGCUUGCGGCCCGACCGCAUGACCUACGCAGUCAGGAACUUUGUGGAGGAGAAGAUGGGCAGCAAGUUCGUGGAGGGUCGGAGCGUCGAGUUUUCCAAGUCCUACGAGGAGAGCAGCCCCUCCACGCCCAUCUUCUUCAUCCUUUCCCCGGGCGUCGACCCCCUGAAAGACGUGGAAGCCCUGGGGAAGAGACUGGGAUUUACCCUGGACAACGGGAAACUCCACAACGUGUCCCUGGGGCAGGGACAAGAGGUGGUGGCCGAGAACGCCCUGGAUGUGGCGGCGGAGAUGGGACACUGGGUCAUUCUGCAGAACAUCCACCUGGUGGCACGGUGGCUGAGCACGCUGGACAAGAAGGUGGAGCGGUACAGCGCGGGCAGCCACGAGGACUACCGCGUGUUCAUCAGCGCCGAGCCCGCCCCCAGCCCCGAGUCCCACAUCAUCCCCCAGGGCAUCUUGGAAAACGCCAUCAAGAUCACCAACGAGCCGCCCACAGGCAUGCACGCCAACCUGCACAAGGCUCUGGACCUCUUCACUCAGGACACCCUGGAGAUGUGCUCCAAGGAGAUCGAGUUCAAGUGCAUCCUCUUCGCCCUGUGCUACUUCCACGCCGUGGUGGCUGAGAGGCGCAAGUUCGGGGCCCAGGGCUGGAACAGGUCGUACCCCUUCAACAACGGGGACCUCACCAUCUCCAUCAACGUGCUGUACAACUACCUGGAGGCCAACAACAAGGUGCCCUGGGACGACCUGCGCUACCUGUUCGGGGAGAUCAUGUACGGCGGCCACGUCACGGAUGACUGGGACCGGCGGCUCUGCAGGACGUACCUGGCCGAGUACGUCCGCGCCGAGAUGCUGGAAGGCGAGACCAUGCUGGCCCCGGGCUUCCCGAUCCCCCCCAACCUGGACUACAAGGGUUAUCACGAGCACAUCGACGAGAACCUGCCCCCCGAGAGUCCCUAUCUAUACGGCCUGCACCCCAAUGCAGAGAUCGGCUUUCUGACAGUUACCUCAGAGAAGCUCUUCCGGACGGUCCUGGAAAUGCAGCCCAAAGAGACCGACUCAGGAGCAGGCACCGGAGUGUCUCGGGAGGAGAAGGUGAAGGCCAUGCUGGAUGAGAUCCUGGAGAAGAUCCCAGAAACUUUCAACAUGGCCGAGAUCAUGGCCAAGGCGGCCGAGAAGACCCCAUACGUGGUGGUCGCCUUCCAGGAGUGCGAGAGGAUGAACAUCCUCACCAACGAGAUGCGCCGCUCGCUGAAGGAGCUGAGCCUGGGGCUGAAGGGGGAACUGACCAUCACGACUGACAUGGAGGACCUGUCCUUGGCUCUGUUCUAUGACACCGUGCCCGACACGUGGGUGGCCCGGGCCUACCCCUCCAUGAUGGGCCUGGCAGCCUGGUUUGCCGACCUGCUGCUCCGCAUCAGGGAGCUCGAGGCCUGGACGACGGACUUCGCUCUGCCCACCAGCGUGUGGCUGGCCGGCUUCUUCAACCCGCAGUCCUUCCUCACGGCCAUCAUGCAGUCCAUGGCCAGGAAGAACGAGUGGCCCCUGGACAAGAUGUGUCUGUCUGUGGAAGUGACCAAGAAGAACCGGGAGGACAUGACGGCCCCGCCCCGAGAGGGCGCCUACGUGUAUGGGCUCUUCAUGGAAGGGGCUCGCUGGGACACCCAGACCGGAGUCAUCGCCGAAGCAAGGCUGAAGGAGCUGACGCCAGCCAUGCCCGUCAUCUUCAUCAAGGCCAUUCCUGUGGACCGCAUGGACACCAAGAACAUCUAUGAGUGUCCUGUGUACAAAACACGCAUCCGUGGCCCCACCUACGUCUGGACCUUUAACCUCAAGACCAAAGAGAAGGCGGCCAAGUGGAUCCUGGCGGCCGUGGCCCUGCUCUUGCAGGCCUAGCUGGCUGCCUGGGGCCUGCCGCACAGCCCACGCCUCCCGGGGCCAGAGCCGAACCCCAACUUCAAACGGAUAAUCAGAAGCUCAAUCUUGCUGUCACUUAUUUUUACAGGAACUGCAGGUUGCUUUUUGUUCUAACUACUCCGGGCACUUUAGAACCCCAGAAACAUGGCCCGGCCUGAGGGAGGGGGCAGCAUGAAGGGGGGGGGGGGUUCGG